AUGGCAGCUACUCAGAAGCUCUACCCUAGGGGAACCGUUAAGCGCAUUGUCAAAGCGCACUCCAAUCGCAGUGUGAGCAAAAAUGCCGACAUCUUGAUCUUUCUCGACUAUAUGCUAUUCAUGCAAGAACUAAUGCGCGAGGCUUCGAUCCGAUCACGAAAGUCAGGCGAGAAGAACAUUUCGGCCAAUUCAGUUCGCAAGGUGACUGAGAAAACCCUGCGCAAGUUCCGAGGAUAA